AUGAACUGCCAAGCAAUUAGUCGCUAUAACACGUUGAAAGAGAAGCGGAAACAGGGCAAGCAGGCGAAGGCUACCAUGACUCCGAUUGGUGAGCGGAUUAGGAAUGCCAUCAAGAUCGUCAGGGCCAGCCAUGAUGCUGGAACGCCAUCUACACAUGUAUUGAUUGACGUCUGCAAGGAAAUAGAGAUGAUCAAGGUGGAUCUCGGUGGAAAAUGCGAGAUGUGA